GUUUUCGGUUUCCAUUUCAGCUUCAGUUCGAUUUCAUUUAAACAUCGCUGCGGUCGUGCUAUAUUGUCUAAUAAGUAUUUUCUUGUAUAGUGCCUAGCAUGAAGCAGUUCUAUUUACUUUCGUUUUUAACGGGCUACCUUGUUACGGUGACAACGGCAGCAUCUAACUUAGUAUGCUACUAUGAUUCAUCGAGCUAUACGCGCGAGGGCUUGGGCAAGCUCUUAAAUCCGGACUUGGAGAUCGCUUUGCAGUUCUGUUCGCAUUUGGUUUACGGAUAUCUGGGCAUUCGCGGUGACAACUAUCAAGCGUACAGCUUGAAUGAAAACUUAGACAUCUAUAAACAUCAAUUUUCGGAAGUAACUGCUUUCAAACGAAAGUUUCCACACCUUAAAGUUCUGCUUAGCGUGGGUGGUGAUCAUGACAUCGAUGUGGAACACCCAAACAAAUACAUUGAGCUGCUCGAAGGAGAGAAGGUGCGACAGACGGCGUUCAUCCAAUCAGCCUAUUCGCUGGUGAAGAACUACGGCUUCGAUGGCUUGGAUCUGGCAUAUCAGUUUCCGCGCAACAAGCCCCGAAAGGUGCACGGUGAACUGGGCUCGGUGUGGAAGAGCUUCAAGAAGCUCUUCACAGGCGAUUUCAUAGUUGACGAAAAUGCGGCCCUGCACAAAGAGCAGUUCACAGCGUUCGUGCGUGAUGUGAAGAACUCGCUGCGCAAUGAUGGAUUUCUGCUCAGUUUGACGGUGCUGCCCAAUGUCAACUCGACUUGGUACUUCGAUAUACCUUCGUUAAACGGGCUCGCUGACUUUGUCAAUUUGGCUGCAUUUGACUUUCUAACACCCGCUCGCAAUCCCGAAGAGGCGGAUUAUACUGCUCCACUCUACGAAUUGACUGGGCAAAACCGUCUGCCACAUUACAAUGUCGAUUUCCAGGUUAAAUACUGGCUGCAACAAGGCUUCCCCGCCAGCAAGCUUAACUUAGGUGUGGCCAGCUAUGGAAAUGCCUGGAAGCUGUCGAGCGAGUCCGGCCUGGAAGGUACGCCUGUUGUGCCGCACACCGAGGGACCCAAUCCGGAAGGCUUGCAAUCCCAGAAGGCUGGCCUGCUUAGCUAUCCAGAGAUCUGCUCCAAGCUCUCCAAUGCUCAGAAUCAAUAUCUAAAGGGAAAUGAUUCGCCGUUGCGACGCGUGAGUGAUCCAUCGAAGCGUUAUGGUGUCUACGCAUACCGUGCCGUUGAUGGCGCCGUAACUGAGGGUCUGUGGAUUAGUUACGAUGAUCCCGAUGCCGCUUCCAACAAAGCAGCCUAUGUGCGUGCCAAUAAUCUGGGUGGCAUAGCUCUGUUCGACCUAAGCUACGACGAUUUUCGUGGACAGUGCACUAGUGACAAAUACCCAAUAUUGCGAUCCAUUAAAUAUCGCUUGUAAAUUUAACUGUACACAUAUAUGAAGGCGUCAUCACAUAAUAAACA